AUGCUGGAUAUUUUAAAUAUAUCUAUUUUUGCUAUUAUUGAUGAUCAUAAUACAGGCCAAAAUCUUAAUCCAAUUGAAAACUUUCGUCCUUUUCAAAAAUUGCUCGAUACUUUAGACAAAGAACCAAAACGACAUAAACUUGUCGACAUGAUGAUUGGAUCUUGGCGAAUUCUAAAUCAAACAACUAUGAAAAUAACAUUAAGUGAUAUUAGAAUCUUUCAUUUGAACCUAUGCCUUUAUGGAGAAAAAUGUAAUGAAUUGAAAAAUGAACAGCAUUCUCGUGAAUAUUCACAUCCACCUUUAUGUCCAUACGCACAUAAUAUGACACCAUGUAAACACAAAGAUGAUAGCCAACAUAUGCUUUGGUUCAGGCAUCCUCAAAAAUGUUCGUAUGGUAGUAAAUGUGAAUUGAUUGAAAAUGAUCUCAGACAUUCAAAUGAAUUUGAACAUCCUGAAUUUUGUCCUGACCGUGGUCGUUGUGAAAACAUGAAUAAUGAACAUCGGACAAUUUAUCAACACGUUCCAUUAUAUAAAUUUCAUCGUCAAUGUGUCAAUAAUAUUCAUGGAUUAAAUGAUCAUUAUCUUAGCUUUUGUCACUGA